ACAAUUAGUUUGCUCAUUAGAAGAGGCUUCUUACUCUGAGGUAUUCGCCAUUCUAGUCUCAGAAAUACCGUGAGAGCAGCUCAGCUCCGCCUCCACCCAUGGCUGUUGCUCUUGAGGGCUUUCUUUCUCACAUAAACCCUAACCCUAAUUUCUCAGUGAAGAGAGGUUCCAUGGCUUUGUCUCAUCAUCCUUGUUCAUCCUCUUUUUCCCCUUAUCGUUUCGAAGCUCUUGUUUGUUCUCCCAGUUGCAGAAGAGUUUCCGUUGUUGCCCGCUUCAAUUCCCCUAAAGGGCUUGGAUCGCAUUUCCUUUCACUCGACAAUAGGAUGUCGAAGAACUGGUCAUUUCUCACAUUUGCUGCUUCUCAAGAAGACUCGAAGCCUUCGGAAGUCGAAGUGGAAAAGAAGAAAAGUGAGCUUGAUGUUGGAGCAGAGGAAUCACAAGAAGAAUGGGAACAAACUCUAAAAUCUUUCAAAGAACAGGCCAUUAAAAUGCAGAGCAUGUCACAAGAAGCUUAUGAGUUGUACUCCAAAAAAGCAAUGGUAAUUCUGAAUGAAACUUCAAAGCAGCUUAAAAUUCAAGCAAAGAAAGCAAGGCAAGAUUUGAGUGUACUAGCAAAAGAAAUUAGCGAAGAAGGUAAAGAAUAUCUUUCCACAGCAGCAGAGAAUUCUCCUGAGCCAGUGAAGGAUAUCGUGGAGACUUUCGCCUCUUCAACUGAUGACUUGAAUGAUGCCUCUAAAGUUCGGGAUUUUUAUCUUGGGAUUCCCUAUGGUGCACUGCUUUCUCUCGGUGGCUUUCUUACCUUCAUGCUCACUGGAAGCACUUCUGCCAUUAGGUUUGGUGUUAUCCUAGGUGGUACUCUCUUAGCCUUGAGCGUAUCAAGUCUAAGGUCAUGGAGGGCAGGAGAACCAUCUGCUUUGACUGUGAAAGGGCAAGCAGCAAUUGCAAGUAUAAUAUUCCUGAGAGAGUUCCGCUUGUUUUUUCAGAGGCCAUCACUUCCAGGUUCUUUCAUGGCCUUAGUCAGUGGCGCAAUGGUGGCCUUUUUUUGCUAUAGGAUUAUAUUAAACGGUAGUCAGAAAGGGCCAAACAUGGAUCAUGGACAAGAGAAUUAGUUUCUGGAAGGUGGAAGAAAGUUCUAUACUGUACUGUACUGCAAUGGCUUUGGAAGUGUGCUGUGCAGUUAGCUGAAGAUAUAGAUGUAUGAGCAUUGGUGAAGAAUCUGGUUUUGUUUACUUACGACUUGUAAUUGUGUUGGUAGAACAAAAAAGGAGACCUCCCAGGAAAUGAAUAACCAAUCAAGCAUUACAAUAAGGAGGAUGCUAUCAUCUUACUAGGGAGAGGUGCUGAAUAUGAUCUUUUGGCUUUCGUUAUUCUUUGUCAA